CGCCAGACAACAAACAUGGCGGUGUCCGGGUCGUCAUGUUUGUUAUCUGCCCCAAACGACGCCGUUAAGAUGCAGUUAGAGUCCGGCGACAGCGGAGCCGUUAGACCGGACGACUUGCCUGUGAAACGGGAUCCGGUCGUCUCGCUGUUGUCCCCGGUAAUCGGCUCGCAGCCGCUCGUUUGGUCGCAGGACCACCGGCUGUCUGUGUGUACGUCCUGCUCCUUGGUGCUACUGGAACUCAUGUGUGACGUCACCAGCAGCAAGCAGGACCUCGUCCUGCACAGAACUUCUAUUCUGCCGCCCGCUGAUGCUCGCAAGAUUCGGGUGGGGCCAGAAAAAAAGCAGGAGAAAGCCAUCCAGCACUUUACCUCACACCCAGACCCCAGCUUAAGGCAAGUUUUUCAUCUGGACAGAGUGAUAGAUCCCUUGGGAGUAGCGCCCAAAGGAGUUAAAUACGCCAGUUGGUCUCCAUUGGGCUGCGACUCCAGUGGACGCUGCCUGCUAGCGUGCCUAACUCUCGACCACAGGCUCGCCAUCCAUCACAGCCGCAAGCCUUUCACGUGGACCUCGCUCGUGGACCUCACCCAGACAUACGGCGACAUGCUCGAGGAGCGAGGCUACGCCAAAAAAGACGACCAGCCGCCUCAGAAAAACCUGCAGGACUUCGAGGAGCUGCAGCGCCGUUUCCAGAUGCAGACCCCCGUGAGGAUGAAGUGGUCGAGCAUCUACAAGACGAAGCAGGUGCAGACUGACAACGCCUGCCUGGACGUGGAGAUGGUCCUCCUCGCCGUUUUGAUGGAAAACGGUGACCUGGUUUUGUGGAAGUUUGUGUUGCCGUUCGAGAGCGGCGCCGACGUUGUGUUUUUCGACGUCAUCGAGUCGGGGGUGAGCAGACCCAGUGAUUUGGCGUGGUGGGAGUACGAAAACGCGGACAGGCGGAUGAGCGGGUUGAUCGUCGGCAGCGAGCUGGGCACCGUGAAGAUCAUGCCGGUCAGCAUGGCGGGGGUUAAGGGCUACUUCACCCUGCGUCACCCCGUCAUCCUCUGGAAGGAGUGUGACCACAUCGCUGCUGAAAGCAUCACGUGCGUGCCUUUGGUCCACCCCGUUCAGAAAUUGAGCUGCAGCCUCAUUGUGGCCGCUCGGGGCUGCUACAUCUACUGGUGUUUGCUCAUGGUUUCCCCUAGCGGGCUAAACGUGUACAACUCUCACGUGUUGGGCCUCCACUCGCUUCCGGUCACUUCGCUCGCCGUCACCAAGCAGGGGGUCGUGUACGCGUGCUACAUGGACGGCUGGGUAAAAAAGCUGACGCCCAAAUUUACAGAAAAAACUCUGUUUUUCGACCGAGAGGACAUGCUGGGCCCUGAGUUUCUCGGUGAGAGGCGGCUGCAUGGUAUCGCAGUGAGCAGCAACGGAGCGUACGUCGCGCUGGCCAGCACACAAGGUCUGGUGGACAUGUUUCACCCCAUUGAAAGGAAUUACCAGGUGCACUUUAUUGCCUUGAAAUCGCCAGAAACGGCAGCGGGACUUCUGUUAAAGUCCCCCACACAGAACCUGUACCAGCAGGCCGACCUGCUGGAUCUCAUGAGGUGGACCAUCCUAAAAGACAAAAGAAUUCCAGAGGCGUUGCAGCAGGAGCUGGAUCAGAAGAUCCAGGACCUAGACUCUCCCUAUUUGUGGCGCUUGAAGCUGUUUUUGGUUCGCGUGAUGUACCAGUCUCUUCAGACGCCGCUGACGGAUCACCUCUGGAAACCGUCCGGCGAGGCCAGCAAGGCGUCCGUGCUCGACGGGGAGGACGAGGACGGAGACGAGGAGGAUGAGUUGGAAAACGAGUGCGGGGAGGCCGGUGCCGUCAAAGCGGCGACGCUGGAGAAUCCAGAGGAGCGGAUGGAGCAGGCGAAGGCAUUGAUAGAUUCAGUGGAGACCCACCUGGUCAACAAGAACAUGAAGAAGCUGCUCGGUGUGGUUUACCUUAACACGCGCAUCACGGAGAACACAUGCGUCCCCACGUUGGGCCUGGCCGACCACCUCUCGAAAGAUACCAGCGACAAGGACGUGGAGGUCCUGAUCGGACACAUCAAGAAAAAGAUGCACAAGCAGACGUUCCAGGAGCACUGCUGCUUGUGUCAGGACGUGCUGCCUUUCACGGACCACAAACAAGCCAUAUGCGGAAAUGGCCACAUUUGGCUCAGGUGUGUGUUGUCUUACCAGGCGUGCCAGGCGCUGAGAUUCCGGCGCUGCCUCUUGCAGGACAGCAUCUCAGCACUGCCAGCACCUGAGGAUCCACAGUGGGUGAAGAAGAUCCUCCAGGCACCAUGUUCCCUCUGCGACUCGCCAAUGGUUUAGUGCUAAACCACCGCAGGAACACAAGUAUGCCUGCACUCUCCACAGGGUCCAACCACUGCUAAUAUGUCAUGCUAAUUAUUAUUAUGUCUGCAUAUAGAAUUAUUGUUUCCUCACCAGUGCAAACACCUGCUGAGGUCUUAACUGCCUAUUUUCAUGAGGCAAAACAGUGAUUCUCAAACUGUAGUAUGGGUACCACUAGUGCGCAGGUGUCAAACUCAAGGCCCAGGGGCCAGAUGUGGCCCGCUACUUCAUUUUAUGUGGCCCUCCAAAGUGCUUUAUUAAAGUACUUUCUGGCUAAAUGUAUUUGUUCUUUUAAUUCUGACAGAAAAAAAAUACUGACCUCAGGAUUCGAUUCCGAUUCUUGGGAUGGCGAUUCGAUUCGACACGUUUCUUGUCAUAUAUUAUUUGGUAUAUACAUUUUACUCAGACCUUUUCAAAACAAAAGUUCCUCUUGGCUGCUGACAUAUGAUUUAUACGCACAGUGUUGGCCUAAAAACGUCUUUUUAAAAAUGUGUUUUUUGUUUUUUUUUAUUUACAAAAAUGACAGAAUGUUAAUCUAAUUAAAGAAAAUGGAGCAAACCAAACUCCAACCCAAUCCAAGCUUUAAAAUACUCAGGGUAGACAUUUACAAAGCUAUUGAGAAAACAUAAAAUUAUCAUACUAAAAAAAAAAGGAAAAACCAAAAUUUGCAAAACCAUAGUAUCAAUAAUAACAAUGACAGCAAUAAUAUUUAUUUAAUAUUUUUAAUCCAAAAAAGGAUUCUUUAAAAAAAGAAUCUUAAAAAAAUCAAUCGAUUCUUUUUUAUUGUUAUUUUUAAUCGAUUUAGAAGCAGACUAAAUAAGAAUUGCGAUUCAAAUGGGAAUCAAUUUUUUUGAGUACCCGGCAUCUUGUUAACUUUUUUAUUAUUUGUCAUGCAACAAAAUACUCCAAUUAGGGCUGGGCGAUAUUUUAUCUCGAUAUUUUUAGGCCAUGUCACGAUACACCAUAUACUGUAUAUCUGGAUAUUUUGCCUUAGCCUUGAAUGAACACUUGAUGCAUAUAAUCACAGCAGUAUGAUGAUUCUAUGUGUCUACAUUAAAACAUUCUUCUUCAUACUGCAUUAAUAUAUGCUACUUUUAAACUUUCAUGCAGAGAGGGAAAUCACAACUAAGUCAAUUUAGUAUUUAUUAAACAGUUAUUAAGCAGUGGCUCAAACAUUCAUGUCAUUUCCAAAACAGAAAGUGCAAGAUUGUCAGAGACAUUUUUAAAACAAGCUAUUAGUGCACUUUUGUGCAUGAUGUCACUAAGAUGACAUAUCAAAACAACACUGAAUUAAAGUGCACUUUUUGUACAGAACGCCACUACAAUAAUUAAAAACAAAUAAAGUGCACUUUUGUGCAUGAUGUCACACAAGAUAUUUCAAUAAGUGUCAAAUAAAAAUGAGCUGCAUAAUAGGCAAUCAAAUAGUGUAUGUCAUUCGCUAUGUGGUAGGUUCCUGCGGAUGUUAUCUCCUUCUGUUGUUGACUAUUUGUUUCAUACGGUGUUGAUGUGGAAAUGGUUGCCUCGGCAUUUUGUUGGUGUGGAACCGAACGGAGAUGUUGACAUGCGGAGUUUCAAGCACUCUUCAUUCUCUAGCGGGUGACUUUUCAAAUGAUGCUACAAAUUAGCAGUGCUGCUACUUUUUGUAGCAACGCUUUUGCCCCACACUUGACAAAUGACGGUUGUCUGUUCGACAUCUUCCCGCUUGAAGCCAAACCACUGCCAGACGAUGGACCCCCUGCUGUUUUUUUUGGGAAUUAAUUCUUCCUUCAUUUGUUACCAGAUUCGCACCUUCGUUCUCUCGUAUUACCACUCGCACCACAGCUAACGUUACCCAUGCUGCUACCUCUCUGCUCCGCGAGGGCGUAUAUGUAUGUGACGUAUGUAAAAUGGUGCGCUUGUUUUACGUCUCUGUGAGAAGGAGAGACAAGAAAGAAUGGGAAACGCAUGUAGUGUAAUGCCCGCAGCUAAAAGCAACUGCGUGAGAACGUAUACUCGAAUAUCACCAUAUAGUAAUUUUCUAUAUCGCACAGAGACAAACCCGCGAUAUAUCGAGUAUAUCGAUAUAUCGCCCAGCCCUAACUCCAAGCAUUUUUUAUUUUUUUUUGGGGGUUAUCAAAAAUAAAUACAUAAAUAUCUGCUUGUCACCUUGACUUACACUUUCAAAGCAAGUUAUCCAUCAAACUGUUGGUAAAUGAUAAUAAACACAAUUGCCUAUGCAAACGAGGCUAUUGUACAUUUAUAUUUAUAAAUAUUUACCAUUUCAAGCGGCCCUCCUUAGAACGGGGCCCUCGCUAAAAACAAGUUUGACACCCGUGCACUAGUGGUACGCCAAAUAUUUGAAUAUUUUUUUAAGUACAGUGUUUUAUUUUCCUAUAUUACUAUAUAUAACUGUAUGCGAU